GGUUUUGGUGUGACGUCACAGGAAGGGGUUUUCCGUUACUAAAAAUAGAUUGGCCGUCAACCUCUCGAUCGCGGCCAAUUGCACUGCAUACACUUCACAAAUCAAUCGUACAUUGUUGGCACUUUUAACGCAUUUUCAUAAUGGGAAAGGAAUGUAUUGUUGUUGGCUGUACUAACAGAGACACUGAUAAGCAGGAAGGCCUGAAGUUUCAUAGACUUCCAAAGCAGGAAUAUAGACGAAAGUUGUGGUUGCAAGCAAUCAAUAGAAAGAAUCCCAGUACAGGAGAAUUUUGGAUUCCACGGGAUGAUGGAGCGCGUGUUUGCAGUGAACACUUUAUUGAAGGGAAAAGUGAUGAUUCUAAGAGUCCUGAUUAUGUCCCAUCUGUCAACAUGGGAUACCACACACCACUCCGAAGCCUGGAUCGGUAUAACAGACUCCUGGGUCGCAAAUCAGUGCAGCCUGUCAAGCGACAACUUCCCUUCGAAGACUCACAAAGCCGGGCAACAGAUACAACCGCUGCAGAGGCUCUGCUAGACCUGUCAUCUUCAAGAUCCCCAUCCCCAGAUGAAAAUGACCAAGGUAAUGGCCACGAGACCUUCAUCAAGUUGCUUGCCGAAGCAAAUAUCAAGGUCAAGAUGGUGACCCAAGAGCUCAACCGACUCACUCUUGAAAACCACAGUCUUCAAACAGCGAGGUUUUGCACCAGGUAUACACGACUGAACGAAGAGGAAAUCAAGUUCUACACAGGACUGCCUUCCAGUGCGGCAUUUGUGUGGCUUGUGAGCUAUGUAAGAGACGUUCUCCCUAAAUCAAAUUCUUUGACAAGUGAGGAUGUUCUUCUACUGGUUCUUAUGAAAAUAAGAAUCAACCCGCCACAGAGGGACAUUGCAUUCAGGUUCGGGAUCUCAGAGACAACAUUAACAACUUACUUUGAUGUCGCUAUACCUGCCCUUGCUAAAAAGUUAGUGUUUCUAGUGAGGUGGCCAGGUAAAGAAGAACUUAUGUCUUGUCGGCCACAAUGUUUUAAAGAAACAUUUCCAAGAUGUGUGUCAGUAAUUGAUUGCACGGAGAUAUUCAUUGAGGCCCCAGCUGACUUUGAAGCCAGGAAUGCUACGUACAGUACGUAUAAACACAACAACACUCUGAAAUACUUUGCCAGUAUAACACCAGCUGGAAGUGUGUUGUUUGUGUCCAAAGGCUACCCUGGAAAAACGUCAGACAAGAUCUUGACAAAUGACUGUGGAUAUUUAAACUUCAUCGAGAGCGGUGAUGUUGUGUUAGCAGAUCGCGGGUUUCUCAUUGCGGAUGAACUGAAUGAGCUUGGUGCAGAGCUUGUGAUACCCGCAUUUACUCGUGGAAAGACACAACUCAGUGCGCGAGAGGUUGAAAGGGGGAGGAAGAUUUCCAACGUACGAAUACAUGUUGAACGGGCUAUGGAAAGACUAAAAAACUUUCGAAUCCUGUCAGACAAGAUGCACUCGAAUCUGGUUCCACAUGCAGACAGUAUAUUUACAGUUUGUGCUGCGUUGGUCAAUCUGCAUCCAAAUUUAGUAAACUGACCUGCAAAAGCCAAGAGAACACCUUUGGUAUCUAGGGUACUAGGGUAUUGAAUAAGGAUUUAACGUUACAACUGAAGCGAUAUAAUUAAAAUCUGUUGGGCACGCAGUUUUUAUUUAAUUUAAAUCAUUGACUGCUUAAAUUAUAAGACAGCCUAAAAAGAUGUGCACAAGGAUCUAAUAAAUUGAUUAAA